AUGGCGGUGGAUAAUUGGACCAUAAAUCUAGAAUGCGAUGGGAAAGCUGAAGGACAUAAACAUGUGCAAAGGGAAAUGGAUAGAGAUGAGAUAUGCUUUUUCGACUUGAUUGAUCUAAUCGAGGGUUCUGGGUACACAUCAGUUGACUAUUUAUACUAUAAGAGAAAAGAUAGCUUGGUUGUAAUACAACAAGAUUCUGAUGUGAUGGAAAUGCUCAACGAGUGUGAGAGCGAAAAGACGGUUAAUCUGUUUGUGACGAGGCAGAGACUGGCCACUUUAGCGCCUACCAAGUCCAACAAAGAACCAUCCAAAUCUAAACCCAAAAAAAAUAAAGGAAGAGGAGGUACAAAGAAAAAGAAAGGAUUAAAUGUAAUGCAUACUGAAGCACUAUAUGCUAACGAGGUUGAGCAGCAUGAUGAUGAGAACCAGAACACAUCAGGUGAUGGCGAUGAAGUACCUGGUAAACGAAAGGGGACCGUUUUAACACAUGUUUGGGAUCUACUUGGAGGAGAUCGGAUAGUAGUAAGAUGUAAUAUGCUUAGACAACCCAUUGGAAAAGAAGGUGGCCUUUUAGGACAAUUUUUAGGCACCAUAGCAAGAAAUGGUGGUUACUGUCCUGUUGGUGCCAAAGAUUGGAGAGAAGUUAAGAAAAACUAUGCAAAAACCAUAAUUCAAUUUAUCCAGACAAAGUUCUUAUAUCCUCAUUCAUGUGAGAAAUGGAUAUUGAAAUCAAUUGGAAGAGAUUGGAGAAAAUACAAGGCAACAUUAAAAAAGUCACUAUUUAAUCCAAAGAAGAAAAAGUCUGUUUUGAACAAGCGUUGUCCAGAUGAUAUCGAUGAAGAUCAAUGGAAGGCCCUAGUAAAAUAUUGGAAGUCCAGCGAAGGACAAACCCUAAGUGAGAAGAACAAAAUAAGUUGUCAAAUGAAGAAGACAACACACACAGCCGGUACAAAGAGUUAUGCUCGUUGGUCUGAGGACAUGGUUGAACUGAAAAAUCUCCUAGACACACAACCAGAGUUAGCACAAAAUUGUGAGGGAGGAGUUGCAUGGGAAGGUGAUGCAUUACAUAGGGUGUUGGGAGAAGAGAAAGCUGGACAAGUGCACGGCAUGGGAUUGCUUCCCGUUCCUAAACAAGUUUAUGGUCGAAGAACACACCAUUUUAAGGACAUUAAUAUAGUUUCACUAGAUGGCUCAUCAUCUGAUGUAGAGACUCACAUGUUGGAGGAAAUAAGGCAACUCAAAGAGCAUUCUAGAAUGCAAGACAAAGUUAUUGAAGAACUAAAAAACAAUCAAAGGCACCAUGAGAACCAAGAAGCAACAAUGGGAAAUUGUGCUAGGAGUGAUCAUAACAAUUCUCAGAAUCAAGCGGUGCUUUCUAAAAGAAAGAGAGUUCACUGUGUUGCACCAAACCAGAAUGAUGGAUUCCUUGAACACAGGGAUGAAUUGAAUAAAGAAACAUGUGAGUCUGAAUAUAGUGAUGAUGACAGUCUACUUUUAUCCACCAUAAGUAAAACAACAAAGAAACAAAAGGGUCAUCAUGGAGGGCCUGGAGAGACUACGACCAUUGCACACCAGGAGGUGGCUCAUGACAAGGUUACAUGCAACAAGCGUCAAGCACCUAAACAACUUCCUGUAAUGAAGGUUGGGUCUAUGGUGCUACUAAUGACUUCAAAAUAUCCUAAUAAGGCUAAUGUGGCCUAUGCAACUCUCUUGAGCACUGAUCCAGAAGCCAUUGUUGGUGGAGUUAAGACAGGAAGUCAAUUCUACAAAGUGCGUAUCGAUCAUGCUAUAGCAAAAGAUGAGCCAUUAGUGAGGCCUAGGCCUGGGUGCAACAAUAUUAGUGAUGCUCAAGCCAAAGGAGUCUCAAUUGCUUGGCCUUCGAUGUCUGUUCAAAUGAUUAAUGGUUGA